AUGAAAGUAUUCUAUGCACUUGUUGCGGCCCUCCCACUGGCUGUGAGUGCCACGCUCAGCAAGCGCUCUAUCACCUGCCUUGAAGUUGGCGCCACGGCCACCGCGACAUGGACGAACAGCGACGGGCAGACAUGUUCGUUUGCUGGGGUGGUUGGAAGUAACUACGGAACUAACAGCGAUGGCUCUGGAGACUACUCGUGCAAUGGUCGAUGCGGUGCGGGAUGUACUGGAACCGCGAUUGGCGAUGUAUACACGCAGGAUUGCUUCUCGCAUGAUAUUUGUUCGUACUUUAACAAUGCUAGCGGCGGUUCGAGUGAUCCGAAUUGCGGAGAUGCCUAUGAUGCUGCGGUGGAUGAUACAGUCGGGGGAGCAGUGGCCGGAUGUUCGCAGACGAACCCCUCAAAUGCGGUAUCAAAGCCGGCGACAAGCCCGACGUGUGCAUGA